AUGUCGCAAUUUUCGACGUGGAUCCUAUCAAUCACAGAACCAUCAGAAAUUGUGGUACCGUCACCAUCGUCUGGCGGCCAUGCAGAUAUAAUCCAGAAGCUGAAUGCUAUUGAGACCCGUCUCACUGCCAUUGAGAAGUCCCUAACAGACAAAAUGCCAGUGAAGGCCGAGGUGCAGGCGCAAAGUAAAUUAUUGCGCGAAUGCCGCGUCAUAGCGGCAAAGACGCACCAUUCAAUUAGCCGCAUCACCGGUGAUUUGGAGGACGAGCAUUACGUGGAGCUCGCUUCGAAACUGCCCAUGUCAUCGGAAGAGCACGUGCGCUUCGUGGAAGACAAACUUUCCCAAAAGGAAAGCACGGAUGCUAUGAUGCGGCUAAUAUUGAAAUCAAAGGGCGCAAAAGGCAGUGUGGACGGCGUACUUCGUGGUUUGUUUUCAGACGAUGUAAUGUACCAUUAUUUCCUGACAAGGAUAAAAGCAGUAUAUGUGGGGAGCUCCGGAGAUUUGUGGCCUUAAGCCACAAUCGUUUUAAACAGAAGAAACAUAAACUAAGGGCUAAACUAAUAUAAGUUUUAUUAUUAUUACUUAUAUAUAUUAGUUUUAAGUUGUAAAUAUUAGUUUUAAGUUGUA